AUUAUGUUUUUUACGAAUAUAAUAUUUAUGCACAUUCAAUGCAUUCGUUUCUCGUCAACAUUGUGAAGGUGAACUCGUCGUUUCAAACACCCGGAGGUAAACUACCUAUGUAGAACAUUAUUAUAUUAUUAACAUUAAAUUAAAAUACGAUGCGCGUAAAAUAAUAACGAUAUUCGUUGGUAUUUUAACUAUCUGCGCGACUGUCGGCAACGUGCUCGCGUUAUCAUAACAUAUUGUAAGUACCUAAUGAGUAUUUCGUCGCCAAUGGCAAAACGGAUUACAGUUUUUUUUUUUUUCUCGAUUUUAUACAAAGGCUUCAUUUGGGAGCAGGGUAUGCAGUUGCGCCCUUUGUUUAUAGUCCCGAUUAGCUGAUAUGUUGUCCCUAACAUUAUUAUUUUAUGUAUUCAUGUAUUAGAUCGUACAUUUAGAUUAACAAUAUUGUUGGUGUUCAACAGUCAAUCGUAGUUAUAAACUUACAUAGGUAAAUGAACAAAUAUCGUGUUGUCAAUUAAUUGAGUACCUAACAAAACAAUAGGUACCUGCAUUUUCUACAUAACCGUAGCUUUUCAUAAUGAACCGUAGGUUAAAUUGUUAGUUUUAGGUAUAAUCUUAGUUCAUGGUAGAAUAGUAGAUCGUAGAUAUACCACUAUGCUAAACUUAAAAAUAACCGAUAUCCGGUAUAUAUUUUUCAUACAAAACUCUUUUAGCACUUACAAAAGUUAUAGAUAUGAAGUAUAAAUGGCAAUUUAUGUGCUUUGAUAGUGUUUUCCAUUCUUUUUUUUUUGUAUUUUCCGACCUAUCCGUGAAUUACUUACCUAUUGGUUUUCACGGCUAAAAUAUCUAAUCAAUAAUAAUUGUUUAUUAUUUUUUAGAUUUUUAAUUGCUUUUUAAUUUUUACUGUUUAUGCUGAUGCUGUGAAUAAUGACAACAAACUAGAAACAGGAUGAUGUGCAUAGGUAUAUCUGAAAUCUCACAUACCCUAAAAAGAAAACAGAAUCGACGCCCUUGUUUCAAAUGUAUUAUUAUAUUAGGUGCAUCUAAUAUUUCAUUGACUAGGAGAAUACCUACUCUAAGAACCAUCUGCUGUGUAAACUUUCUAUUCGUAAAACCGUUUUUUUUAAUAUAUUCAUCGUAAUUGUUUCGUAUUUAUGUCACUUCUUGCCACAAUAGGGUUAAUUAUCAUAUGGCAUCUAGUAUUUAAAAUGAGGGGGUACGGUGCCCUCUUCUUAUUCAACGUAAAAUGAUCAGUCCUCUUUGGUAUUGCUCCGAGGGGACGCUUUAUAAUUAUUGCCAAUGCAACAUUUUUAAUAACAAUUUAAAAACUAGAUUUGUUAAAAAUAAUUUCCUUAAUGACUAUUUUACUUUAUUUUUACUAAGCAGGUAUAGGUAUAUGCUUAGAAUUAAUACUCGAGGGGAUGUGCAGUUUAUUUAUAAACUUUAUAUUAGUAUAACAUUUUUGUGAACAAAUGUGAGAAAAACAUUUUGAAGUCUUAUCAACAUACAACGGGUGUUUGGUUAUGUUUAGUUACUCGUGGUUCUCGGGAACGCUGCUCAAUUUUCGGUGAAUAAAGCUACCCUUCGAAGUUUUUCCCAUUCCCACAUCGGUUAAGUAUAUCAUCUACUCGAGUUGUAUAUUAUUUUAUUUAAAUGUACCUAUAUAAAGGUGAUUAAUUAACCUAAUUAAAGAAAUUAACGUUCGCACAAAAUGUUGGGUUUAUAUUUGUUUUGUUAAUCGCCUCCCCUCUCCCCCCCCCUCCGUAGAGAAAUCCUGACUACGGCACUGUGGAAUGUGAAACAGUUUUAAAUUCUUUCACUUCCGGUUGAUAAUGUUAAUUCGUAAAAAUGUACGUACGGGGUCAAUGGAAACAACGGGAAUAGCCAUUUACAUUUUGAUAACAUUUCAGGAUUUAAGAGUUUAAUAUUCCUAUUUCAUACCUGUAUCAUGUAUGAUACAACCGGUACAGGUGUAAAAUAUAUGAAUAUUUUUAAUCUAAUAUAGAUUUUUUUUUUUCACUGGACUAUUAUAUGUAUCUUGUUUUGCCCCUUUAAUAUUAUUACCACUCAAAAGUACCAACAAAAAUGAAAAAAUAGAGUAGUUUUGUUAUUUCCAGGAGCUGUUAAUAUUAAUUAAUUAUACUUACUCAUACAAUAUUAUUGUAUUUUUGCUUCUGGCUUAUCCGCACUACGCCGAAAGAUGAGACUGUCUAUAGUGUAGGUAAAAUUAUUAUUGUGAUGUCGUUUUUAAUAUUUUGUAAAAUAACGUUUAAUUAGAUUAUUAUAUAUAUAUAGUAUUUAAAGAAUAGAAAUGUUUAGUUGUCGUCGAUAAUCGCUAUAGUCACUUGGUAUUCAUCGUCUAGAUGUAUAAAAAAAUAAUCAAACGUUAAAAUAACGUAAAAAUUUGUAAAAACAAAAUCAAAUUUAUUGUGUUAAUUUUGUUUUUUGAUUUUUUUUUUUUAAAUAUCUGUAAGUUAUUGUAAGUAUAACAAUUUUUUUAGAGGAAAAAAACUAUUUAUACCCUCGGAAAUAUUUUUCUAUUUAAAUUUGUGUUUCAAUUCUAAUUUUAACGCCACAAUUUAUGAUCUAACUCGGAACAUUACGACGUUGAAUACUUAUUGGAACUUCUAAGUAACGCCUUUAAAUUUAUUAUGUUGCCGUCGUUGAUGAGACCAAAACAGUCAACGCACCACUGGAUUUAGGAGUUUGUAUUCAGGACAGUUCUUAAAAUACGUACCUAUUUAGACUUUAAACACAUUCUUUAUUUGUUCGAAUUCGUUAUGAAAAAAAGUAAUUUCCCCAUACGAGCAAAUUAAGGACGAAAACAAUUGGGAUUAAAAAAUAUGAUAAUUUUCGGUUUUUUUGAAUUUAUAAUGGCGUUAUAACUUUCUUAUUGUUAUUUAUUUUUCGAUUUUUCUGACCUAACCUAUGCUACCUGUUUCAACAGGAUUUUAAGUCGUUUCCGAUAACUUAUAGCUGUACCAAAAACUAAGUAUAUCGUCAUUGACUAAGAAUGUCAGUUUCUGAUAUCUAAAGUAGUUUUUAUAAUAAUUGGGAAAAACCAAAAAAGACGUGAACUACGAUUUUUCAAAUAAUUACGGCGCACAAUUCCAUUAUUUAAAAUUAUUUUUCUACCAGAAUUAGUCUUUGUCCGAAUUUCAAGAAUGUUCAGUUUGUGAGUAAGAAAGUCCGUGUUUGAUUUACCGAAAAUCGUAAAUAGUUUACCUACUAAUGAUGAAAUCAGUGCCGGCGUUACACACGCUGGCGCCCUGGGCGGAACCAUGUUUUUGCGUCGUCCCUCCAAUUAAUCGAGUACAGUUAUUAUCGUUGAGGCACCCUUCCUUACAGUAGGCGCCCUGGGUGUAGGCCCUGGUCGUCCACCCUUAACGCCGGCCCUGACGAAAAACCGAGAAAAAAUGUAAGAAAUAUAGCAAAGUGUACGGCAUUUGGUUUUUUUUGUUGUUCGGUUAAAGAUCAUUACAAAGAUCAGCUGCAGUUUUCACAGAAUACUUAUAUUGGCCUUUUGUACACGUGAUCGAAUUUUUAAAAUAUUCUAACUAUUUUUAGUCUAUCUAUAGGUAUUUUAUAUUUAAAUUUUCAUUUGGUAGGUAUCUGUUAUUAAAAUUAUAUGACUUCAGAGGAAAGCUUGAAAAUUUAACACAAAGUGCACAACGGAAAUUUGUGCAACUUUUAACGAUUACGAGUUACAGACGAUUUCAUGCCGUGAUAUUUCGUGAAUAGAACCAUUGAUAACCUGGCAACACGCGCUACUCUUGUAACUGGGAAUUUUACGUCUAUGUUUUUGUUGUCGUUUUCCCGACUUCCGGGCCGGCGAAUACGUCUAAAAAUAAAAACAUAAUAUUGUAUAGUCUACACUACAUUCAUCAGUGUGUUGAGCUGUCGACUGUCCAGUCUAUUUCGAGCGAUCGGUCAUGUUAAUAAUUUAGUUAAUAUAAAUAUAAUUGAUAAUAUUAUUUACGUUUAUUUUUCGUUCUAAUUUUGUAUUAUUCACCGUGUUUCCUACGAGCGAAAAAAAGCGGUUAACCUGAAGGUUUAUAUUAUUGAACCGAAUCGCGCGUGCGUAUAGUAGCGGUUAGGUAGGUAUCUACCACAGCGAAUCGCCAAUACCCAAUUCAUACAAUUUAAACUACGAAAAUAAGUUUAAAAUGGCUUUGAACUUAGACAAUGACGGAAGCUGUACAGGACAGGACAUUAAUGUAUCUAUGUAUGUAAGCUUAUACAGGUAGAAAUGAAAAUGAUCAAUUUCCAAAACAUCUUUUCGGCAUCCCACAUUAUAGUUAUUGAACACAAAAACACAAGAAAAUGCCCAUAUAGAUUAUUUUAUGAAUAUAUAUUCAUAUAAAACGUAUUGUGAUUUUGUGAAAAUUUCAAACUGUUUUAUGAAUUUUCUUUUUUGCAAUUUUUCCAAAUUUAAAAAUUAGAGUUUAAUACCUGUGAAACUAUCAUCAUAAACAAUGACACAAUGACAUAACGGUCGCCUGGUUUGAGUUGAGAUCGAAACUAGGGAAUUCGGAUCCCUGUGCGCGUAUAUACAAUAUUAUUUUCUAUUUAUUAGGUGAGAAUCGAGAAAACAUGUCCAAUACUCUCACGCGACGCUACUGACAGAGUAUAAUAGCUAUAAAUAUAAAUGUGAAAUAUAUUAUAAAAUUGAAAUUCUGUCUUGUCUGUCUGCACUCUGGACCUUAUACAACAUUUUACUCCGAUCUUUUAAAGAAAAUGUGCACUUGAUAUUUAAAACAAGAUUAUUAUACCAUAAUAUUUAACCUAACCUAUACGACGCUGUGUAUUUUUUAUCACGAAAUUUAACUACUAAAGGACGGCUAACACAGUAUUUUUGGUAUGAUAUUCUUCGAACUCAAUAUGAAUUUUUUCCCAAGUCUGAUUAUAUAUUAUUGUAUACUUGUACAUAAUAUGUUACAAUUUCGUUAGUUGACAAUGUUUUCGAUAGACAAAUUUAAAGUCUGCACUUACCUAUAAUAAAAUUAAUAAUUUAUUUUAGGCAUACAAUCAUUUGGGUGUUGGUUGUGGGGGGGGGUUAUGGUACUAAUUUUUGUAUACUAUUUUUAUUAUUAGAUUAUAAAUGUGCCAUUUAAAUGUUUAAUCAGGUUUAGGUUUGUAUUUAGGUUAGAUAAGCGUACAGGGUGAGACGAAGAGACACUCGUCAGGAUUCCGUGGAUAUGAAAUGUAUAGAACCGCCGAGUUUUAGCAGUUUAACAGUGAACAUGUAUUUAAAAUAGAUAAUGAAAUUGACGCCUUCAAUUAAAAACAAGUAAAAUUUUGUCGGGGUCACCGAGUUAAACUCGGUAAUCCGGCGGACUUGCGGCUCCUUUUAUUGGUAUUUUAUUUUAUUAAUUAUGUUAAAAUUCGAUUACCGUCGAAAACGCUUUAUAAUUUAUACGUAUUAUUUAUUUUCCGGGGUUGUUAAUGUAUCGUAAAUAUACAACAUUAGGUAGGUACCUACCACAGUUUGUGAUUAUUUUCUAAAUUAAAAUUGUGACUUCACGUUUAUUCUGUAUGAUAAUUAUAAUAUUAUCUCGGUUUGGAAAAUAUAAAACUAAAAUGCAAACACUGUUAAUACUGUGCCAUCUAUAAUAGUUGUGUGGUCCUGUAGCUGCAUGGUUUUUACAAUUUCUUAGGUUCGCUGACAACGUCUAGUGAACCAUCGGUGGUCCGUGGACCAUAGGUGGGAACCUAUGAUCUAUAGGGUAUAAUACCGUUAUAGUAACACGUUGUACCUGGAUACAUUUUGUGGGUGAAAAUGGAAAACAAUAAAACGUUUAAAAACGAGUAAUAUUAUAGAUACGUUGUUUUUUUUUUAUUAUUAUUAAUAUGUCGAUGUUUCGUCAAAAUUAGCAUCGUCGUAUUCUUACGAACAAAAAUAGGUGCGACGUGUGUAUUUUGUCGCAUCUGCGAGAACAGAAAAAAAAACAUUCACCAUUAUAAUCGUCUGGAGUUUUUUUUUCUUAGACAACUCUCGGCGCGUUAUUUAUAUUUAUUUGCCACCCUAAGCACUAGCUAGUGAGUUUUCACAAAAAUAUUGUUUCUUAUAAACUAUAUUAUUAUUACCUAUACAUAGGUACAGUGACGUAUUUACAGGAAUAGGUGUAAUCCGGGGGGGGGGGUGUAAGAGAGGUUAACAUCCCCUCCCAUAUUUGACUGAAUGGAAAUAAUGUAUUUUUGCCCCCACCCCUGUUAUAAGUUACAAUGAAAUUUAUUAAGUAUCUAAGAUUACGAUUGAAAAUAUCUUAUUUCAUGAUUACGAUGCUAGCGAGCACAGUAUUUUUAUUAUCGCUGUGCUGGCUAUCAUGUAAUAGAUGAAUUUGAAAGCCUUUGAAGGCGCAUCAAAUCAUGACCAACAGCAAAUAAAUAUUAAUAUUGGUAUAACAUUUAUCAAUAUUGCAUUAAAAUAUUAUUAAAACGUGUUGCAUUAUUAUAGGCGCAACUAGGAGGGUGCUAGGGAAUAACGGAUCUUUAGUACCCCCAAGUUUAAAAUUAGAACCUCUAAGAAACCCGAUCAACAUUUUCAUAAUAUCGAAUAAAUACUUAAUUCUCGUAUUUCAUAAUUAACGAGCAGAACAAAAUACAAAUAUCCAAUAUACAGACAAUGCGUAUGUGUAUUAAAAAUAAUAUUCAUAGUUAUGAACAAUUUGUGUAUAAAAAAUUAUAAAUGGAAUGUGUAGUUACCUAUCGUAAGAGCCGUGUAAAGGGGUAUGUGGGAGGGUGGCAUACCCCUCGUGGGUUUUUGAUGUGUUUAUAAUUUUAGCACCUCCAAAGUUGGUUAGGUUAGGUUAGGUUGGUCUAGUAACACUUAUGUGCAUUAUAAACUAUUAAGACUUUUAAUCAAUAAACAUUUUUAAACCAUUAAAUCAAUAUUUAUAUUGUAUAAUACGUUUCAUUUAUUAAUUUAUGACUUCGUUUUGUGUACGCAUUUUUUAUUAAUACCUGCUUAUAAGUGUUUAACUGUUUGUAUUUUUAUUCCUAUUUUGCUUUAAUAUUUUAAUCUUAAGUACUUAAUACUAACUGAUAACUAUAAUACUGAUUUCUAUAUUGGAAGGGAUACAUCUGGGGGGAAGGGGAAUAAAGUCUUUUUUUUCCAUACCUAAUACAUUUUUAAUUUUAUCACAACCUGCCUCCAAGAUUUUACCUUAGAUUCUGUCUAUGAUUAAAAAGGGUAUUACGGGUUGAUAAAAUCGACUUGCACUUGAGUUGAAAAAAAAUAAGUAGGUAUAAUGGUCGAAUUGCACUCGGGUCAAAAAAGGUGUUACCUACACUAAAAUUAUGAUGACGAGUAUAAUGAGACCUACAACGUUUUCAACGAUUUUUGGGUACAUGACGAAUAUUAUACAUUUAUAUUUUACGAGUUCCUCAACCGCUGGUUGUAUAUUAUAGCUGCGUUCGCAUAAUGAUUGUAAUAUUAUGUCGACGCGAUAAGAAAAAUGAAAAAUGGACAAAAAUUAUACGUGAAGACAAUAGUAUGACACAUUAGAAUUAUUAUUAUAUUUAGUUGGCCGAAUUUCGAGAAUCGACGCAAAAACUGCGUGGUGCUUGUUUUAUAUUAUUUUCGAGCGGCAGCAAGCCGGAAUAAAUUAGAUUUAUUACAGCCUAUUUGCUCGGGACAAUCGUUUAUACGUACCUAUAAAACAUCAGUAGGUACUCGUUUUUAAUUUUAACGAUUUCGGUAUUCUCGUGUUUUUAAUGUUUUUCCGUGUCGAAGGUUUCGUUCGAAAAAUAUGCUCUGGUCAAAAAGCGUUUUGUUUCAUAAUUAUACGAUUUCAGCCUAAACGUGGUGUCCGGCUCUUGUCGAAAAUCGUAAUCGGGAGAAAUGUUAUAUAAUGGGCUACAGGAUUCAUCUGAGAAUUUUUCCCUAUACUGUCCGAAAGCCAGAAGUCAUACAUCUAAAAAUUAUUUAGGUAACGCAUAACAUUUCUUGGAUUUAAACAUUCUUAAACAACAUGCAUGAUAAGAGACGUCACGAGUAGGUCCACUACACGUCACAACUAAUGGAAAUUGUAUUUUUAUUUUUAAGUACGUCUUAUUUUUAUGAACACCAAGUCAUACACACAAUUAUUUUCAAAAUUUAACCAAGCCCCUUCCCUCAAUAAAUUCCUCAUCGAGUAUCAUUAUUACCUAUAUAAUAUACUUCAGUUAUUUAAUUAAUAUGUAUUAUGGGAGGGAUUAAGCUACCCCGAAAUAUUUAGCCUGUUUGCGCCUAUCCUACAAAACUAUAAUUUGUAUAAAAAAGGUAGAUAUAAUUUUUAAUUUUCGAACACCGUUACGCGUAUACAAUAGGUGCCAGGGUUGACCUACCUGUUUUUUUGAAAGCAUCUUAUAACAUAUACUUAUAAUCGAAUUUUUUAGGAUUUAAUUAUAUUUUUAAACCUCGAUUAAUACCAUUAGAAAAUAAGGGAAAGAAUGAUGCAUUUCAAAAGUUUGUUGAGUUUUUAUUUAAUUGACCAAUAUUCUGGCCCCUCGGUGUUAAAGAUGCAGAGAGCUAUGAUCUUUUACUGAAAAUAUCAUUCUUGACUUUUGAACCAUACGUGUAUUAGAUAUUUGUGACAAAGUAUUAUAUCCAAAUAUUCAUAUAUUUCUAAGCAAGGCCUGAUUUAAAGAAAUAAAGACCCUGUACAAACUUACUUUGGGGCUCUUUUUACCUUCUUGUCGUUUUACCUAUAAUUUUUUUUUCGAUUUUUCCUAUUUACUAUGAAAACUCUUCAGAAAACCAAAAAAUUACUUCUUCAAUGCGCUAACUAGAUACAAUUUUCUUUUAGAAAAGGUGCUACACUUGAUACAUCAGAUCUUAUGUUUUCUCGAACAAGAUCUCUGGUAAAAACCAGUGAUCGUAGACACAAAAAAAAAUACACCAUAGUUAAACUAAUAAAUCUCUCGCUCCGAAUCUGAAUAUGUUUUUAAAAUGAAUUGUUUUGUAUUAUCAUGAUUGAUUGCCAGUAAUGAUAAAGAAUUUAGUUUUGUGUUAAAGAAGAACACAUUUAAGUCUUCAUACUUUUAGGCGGAAAAAAUGAAACAAAAUAUACGAUUAAUUAAACAAUUAUGUUUACAUCCUUUUUAUUAUUCCAUGAUAAUUGCUUAUUAAAUACUUAGUCGUAUAAAUACCAAACAUAUCUUUAAAGAUUACAAUUUUUAGUUUUUUUUUUAGGAAUGGAACCCUGUGCUUGUUGACCGCAUGCAAAUGCGUAAAUCAGGGUUUUGUUCUAAGAAUAUUUUGUACUUUACCAGUCAGAUGUUUUUCGAGUCUAUGGUAAGCUGUAAAGUCCUACACUCCUACAGUUCUACCUAUAUCUAAGCAUUCUAAGCAACAACAUCCAUGACGGAAGAGAAUAUUUUACAUUUUUUCCCGUUUGUUAUUGAAGUAUAAUUAUUAAUAAGUAUGUAAUUCUUAUGAUUAGAACGGGUUAAAAUAUGGGUUUAUCUUAUUGCCACGCUACCGAUCAUUCUUAAUAACAUCAGAUGGAGUCAUUGAUAUACUGAGUCUCAGAAAGAAAAAAAUUGAGUUUGUAUUAAAGAUGUAAAAUAUAAUAUUAAAAAAAUAAUUUUCAAAUGUCACAUAUAUUUGUAUCAUUGAUUAUAUAUAAAAUAGUACAAUACAUAUUUAUAGUAUAUUAUUUUAUUAUAUAUUCAAUUUUAUUUUAACAAAACAUUCAAUCUCAAGUUACAUAAUACAUUAGGUAGUGUUAUAAUUUUUUGGUAACGUGUUUUGUAUACAUUUUAUAAUGUAAUAUGGUAUAUGAUGUUAAUAAAUUAUUAUAAUUUGAGGCAACUUAAGGGCUAAGGGGAGGGGAACGGAGUCCUUCUCGAGUUGAUGACCUUUGGAUAACUUCAUACUCCCCUCCCCCAAGACAAAUACCUAAAUAGAGUUAGGAUAUUGCGUGAAUCGAUGAAAUAGUCUAUGGGAAAAAAUAUAGGUAAUAACAUAAUUAUUAUAUUCCUAUUAUUUUUUUUCACCUAUAUUAUCUUGCGCAAUAAACAUAUUUUUAUUGACCGAACAUAUAGGUUAUAAUAACAAUAAUUAAUAACGAACACCUUUACAGUUGGUCUUUUUCUUUUUAUUAAUCAAAACAUUAGUAAUCAUUAUUUUAUUCUCUUAUCCGUCUUAACUCGAUUCGAACAAUAUUUUUUUCCUUAUUUCGAAAAUAAUAAUAAAUAAAUAUACGUAAUUAUUUUACGCAGUAUGAUUUGGCCGUGUUCACUUUUAUUAAUGGAUUCCGUUCGUUCGAAACAACACUUAUCAUAACACACAUCAUGAGGUGAUUGCAAACAUUAUGCAAUUUUCGUCAAAUGACCUAACGACUGACCAAAAUUGAGGUAUUUUUGGUGGUUGGAUUUUAAAAAUGUUAAAAUGUACGAGUUAAUUAUCUGGUUUACAUAAGUCGAAGCAUAUUUUUUAUAUUGACAUUAUUUAUUUAAUGAUUUAACCAUUGAAAAUUGAAAAAUCUAACUACACAAAUUUCGAAUGAUUUCUCGUAAAUAAUUUAAUAAAAUUAAAAAUGCAUGAAUUCAAAUUUCAAACGUAUUUAAAAUAUUCAACAUAUUUAAAUAACAUAGUUUCAUUAUUAAAAAUUAACUAAUAUAAUAAGUAUCAACAUUUUUGUACGGCCAUACCCCUUCCCUUUAAACGGGUAUCGUGCAGUAGUGGGAUAGCCUUAUCAUUGAAGCAAUUAUAAUAAUGUAAAAAAAUAAAAAGAUAUAAUAUAUAAAACAAAGAAAUAUUGAAAACCGAUUCAAACCCCCAUAAUUAGUUUUUGAUUGGAUAUCCGCAAUUAGGUAAGAUUUUUUCCCCUGACAAAGAAUUGAUUAAAAAAUAAUUUCCAAUCGGGGUUUUCGGAUUUUUUUUUUUCAAUCUUCUCAAAUAGAUACUAAAUCAGAAUAGAUAAAACAAUUAUUAAUGAGCGAAGAAAAAAAUAAAUGAAUCCAAUAUCCAUCGAUUUAUCAUUUAAAUGUUAUUACUUAUUCAUUUGCAUCGUGCACGCGUCAACAUCACGCGUUAUCACCAGUUGUUAUACCUCAAUAGAAGAGCUUAAUCUUUUUAAAUUUUUUUUAUGGCGUAGUUGCCAGAAAUAGAUUUUUCGAACUAUCGAUUACACGACCUUAUCCAUCGCAUAUUAGUUGCAUAUUGAAUAAGUGAUUAUAAUAAUAAUAUUUUCUGCGUAUGUAUACGAUAAACCGUAAAAAAAAAAAUACUCGUCGAUUUUUAAACGAAAUAAUUAUUUAUUAUUUGUUUUUUUAGAUUCUGAGUAGAACGAAAAAUGUAUUGGUUUUACAAUGAUGAUUAUAUAUAUAUUUUUUUUCUUAUGUGAACACUUCUACCAAAAAGCAUUCUCUGAUUAUCAAGUAUAGUACAUUUUGUAAAAGAAAAUGUUCUCUGAGUGGUAUUUUAAGGAAGUUUUUUUUUAAAUGUUCAUUUAUUUUCUAGAUAAUGAGGAAAACCUCGGUGUCUUUAGGUAAAAAAAUAUUGAAAGAUUAAAAAUAAGGUAGUCAUUGGCAACCAUUUUAUUUAUUUUUUGUUAUUGUUAAGUUUUUAUUAUUUUAAUAUUUUUUAGACAAUCAUUUUUGUCAUAAAAAUGCACAUUGUUGUAAUCAUUUUACCAUAAUAUGACAUAUGACAUACAAUGCAUUGUUGACAAAGCAACACUAUAAACUGAACUCCGCUCAGAAUCGUUUUUUUGUUAAUAAUAAUUUAUCGUUGCUUACAAAUGUACGUUAAAUUCCCAUCUAUAACUUACCUUUCCAACUUCCUACCUAUAGUAGCUGAAUCCGCGUGCGAAGUAUGUCCGUCCUUUUUUAAAUUUAUUAUUUAUCAAAAACUGUUUUGAGGCGCUGGGAAACUCUUUUAAAUUCAGUAAGUAUUAAAGAAAAUAAAUUGAAAUUAGAAUUCGUCAUGUUCAAAAUCUUUCGAUGCUUCUUCUUUUUCAUGGUACAAAAACAUCUUUUUUGAACGACCGUCUCGUCAAACUUCCUCCAGACCUAAACUUUUAGGCUAUUUAUAGGUAUUUGAUAUUUUCGUGAUUUUAUAUAUUUUAUUUUUAUUUGGAACAUAUCUGUUAUUUAAAUUAUAUGACUUAAGAGAAAUAAUUGAAAAUUAAUACACGGUACAUUAAAAGUUGUUACUAAGUGGUUUAAAAACAAAAUUUAAAUUCGAUGUAUUAGUUUUUUUUCAUGAACGAUUAAACAACAAAUUUUGACAAAAAUUGUAAAAAUUAUCGAGCUUGGCUCCGAAUUAUUUUUCAUUAGCAAUGGUUUAUCUUUACGUAAGGAUAUAAAUUAAAUAACUAUGUAUCCUACCUAGUACCUACCUAACUUUUCAUCGACAAUCAUGGCUGUACUCGUCCCUAGUAUCUGCUCUUCUUUUUUCUUAACUACCAACGUCUUCUCCGUAUGUUAUUUUCGGUAAAAGAGUGGUAUUUAUUGUCUGUUGGGGUAAAAAAUAUAAGAAAAGAAAAGACAAUAAAAAAACACAUGUAGAAAAAGAGCGAAUAAAAGAUAAGAAAAAAUACACCAGAAAAAGAUAAUGAUAUUUUUUAUUUUUUAAAUGUUCAUAUUUUGAAAAAUUAUGACAAAUAAAAAAAUUUGAAAAUCAAAAUUGUAUAUUAUACGAAAUUACAUAUGAAAAAUGCUCAAUUUAUGUUGAACCUAUCACCCUAUUCUAACCUAACCUAACCUAAGAAAAAAUUUUAAAAUAUAUUUAAAUUUAUAUAUUUUUAUAUUACUUUUAUAUUUGUGACUUAGGACGUCUACACACGGAAUUACUUAAAAGAAACUAAAUUGGUUCGUGGUUUAAAAUUACUUAUCGAUUACUAAAGCGUUGGUGACUAAGAUCCGCAGACGAGCCAACUAAAAUUUAUCGAAAUCACUAGUUUAUUCUUUUGACUGUUUGGUUAUGGAAGUAGGACCUGCAUCAGAAAUGUUUAACACCAUAGAUAUUAUUCCAGUGAUGAAGAAAUGAUGAUUGCAUUUUAUUAUUACCAUAAAUAAAUAAAUAGAAAACGAAGAAAAUUUUGGGUUCAACCAUAAUGUAUCGAAAGAAAUUUCUAGUAAAGUUGUAUAGAAUGGGAUGUUUCUUUACUUCUUCUACCAACUUUAAUAUAGUUGUUUGCUCGUUAAUCUUUUUAUUUUUCUUAAUAGAAGAAAAUUAGAAAAAAUAAGAUUUUAAAAAUGCACGCAGAGUAGAUGACGCAACUUGGAAGUGACUCGAUAGUUGAAUCACUUGGAACUGAUCACCAACACGUUAGUAAACCGUUAAUGGUUCAUCGUUGGUUUCAGGAAUAAAUUAAAUAAUUGUAUGUAUCCCAUAUUCCCAACUAACCACCUAUAACAGUAGCCACACUCGUCCCCGGUAUCAGCUCUUUUUUUUUUUUUUUUUAAUUUAAUUAAAAUCGGUACUUAUAGUAUAGUAAAAAAAAAAAAAAAAAAGGAAACCCUAAUGUAGGUAAUUAUAAUUUUAUUUUACAAUAAUUUAUAGAUAAAGUUUUUAAGAAAACUGUAAAUACUAGGUACGGUCUUACAAUUGAUCAUGUUUAAACGAAACGAACUUCACUCAGAAUCGUUUUCCGUUAGCAAUGGUUUAUCGUUGUUUAUAGACAAAUUGAAUAACUUUAUUUAUCUUUCGAACUUUCCGAUUACAACAGUGGUGCACCCUUAAGCAGUAUAGCAGUAUCUUUUUUAUUUUUUAUUUAUAUGCCGUGUGAUAUAGUCUGCCACAUCUACACUACAUAAUAUGUAUAUGUUUCGACACGACUCGAAUGUAUACAUAUUUUUUUUUUUCUACAUAUAAUAACAUUCAACCGUAGUUCGCAGUUUGCUGGUUAUUAUAAAUAUUAUAAUGAAAUCGAUUUUACCGCGGACUGCGUGCCGUCGAAACGUCUGGUGUAACGUAUUUUAAUGAUGUAAUAAUACAUUUAUUAUUAUUGUCCCGCGGUGUGAAAAGAACGCUACGGUUUUCGUAUAAUAAUGUCUAAGUAUUAUGAUAAAUAAAAUUGAUUUUAAUCGAUCCCCUCCUCAUAUACAUACGCACAAUACAUGUAUGCGAGUACAAUCAAUGGAUCACUCUGUAUCUACAAGUGUAUUAGAACAUUUGUUAUAUUAUUUUUUUUCACUUUGUGUGAGGCGCAGCUAUUUUCUAUAAUACUCUAUUACUACCAGUCGGCGACCCGCGUUAUGAACAUUUCAAGACAGAAAAAAAAAAAAAAAAAAAAAAAAAACAAGGUUAUGUUACUUAAACUCAAACACGGUUCUGUACGGUUUUCCAUACAGUCUUCCAUACGCCUUCGACCACCCACGGUUCUGCACCCACCGAAUUUGGUCGAAGCAAAUCGAGCCUCGAAAACUGCAGUCUCUCCGCGACGCCACCUGCAGCUGCGGGGUUUCUAAAAAUAAUAUGACAUUGCACAUACAUUAAUGUCGAGCUUGAAACGUAGAAAGAUUUGGUGUUCAAUCACUAAAAGAAACAUCUACGUUCGUUUUUAAUAAAACGACUUCAUGCCCUGCCGUUCGUAAAUCGUAGUGCGCAGUGAUUUUUUUUUUUUAAAAACAAUUAUUGAUGAAUCUUGGAAAUUUAAGAAUACGUUUUAGACUAAACACAACAAUGAACGGGGUAAGGGGUUUUUUUUUCGUAGAAACGGCGAGUGUUUAUUGUUUUCUAUAUUAAAAUUAUUGUUAACGUGUCUGGAAUAAGAAAAUAAAUGAUUAUAUGUAUAAUUAGCAAACUGCCAAUCUAUUGUGCGGUUUUUGUUGUUUUUUUUUUUUUUUAUUCUGACCAUGUGUUUUUUUUAACGACUUUUCUACUAGAAAUCUCGCAAGAACCAAAAACGCCAAAAGAGUUUUUUUGGGACAUUAAGGAGAUAUUUUUUGUUUUUCUUUGCAAUUUGCUUAAAAAUUAGGAAACAACGUAUAGAAAAAGCGGAUGAAUUUACAACAAUAACGGUUUCAUUAAUUUUCUUUUUGGGUUUUCCUAGUAAUUUUGUUCAAAAUAGGUUUAGACCGCACAUUUUUACAGAAUACUAACAUUUUCAAAACAUCUGGUGAUUUUUUAAUCUAUUUACAGGCAUUUGACAUUAUCAAGUUUUUUAAUUUUUAGUCGAUUUUUAUGUGGAUAUAACUGUUUUGGUAGAGCUGAAAUGGUUGAAAAUCUGCAUCAUAAGUUGUACUUAGUGGUUAUAAAUAAAAGUUAUUAGCCCUUUUUUUUAUAAGCUAAAGUUCAAAUUUUGAAGAAAAUCGGAGCAUUUUUACUAAUCACAUACCGAUAUACCUGUACAUCUUAUAGCUUCAUAGUUCUACUCAGAAUCAAAAAUGGAAUAAUACAUUAAGUCGGUUUGAAUUUAUGAUUUUCUGUUUUUGUCUUAUAUAUGUGUAUAACAUAGGAAUUUAGACGCGUUUUAUUUCUAAUGAUUGAUCUAGUGAAGCGGUAAGAAUUUUGAGAGCAGAUUUGAAUUCAUCUUCAAGUCUUAUUGAAAUAAUUGACUUUCCAUUUCUUUUAAUUUUAAUUACUGUUUUUAUUAUGACUUUUUUAGGGUUUAGAAUUCAUAAAUGUGGGAAAGUCGAUUUCAAAUAGAUUUGACUUCGUUGACUUCGUAGGGACUCAAAUUUUUGAUGGAAAAAUUUUAUUUGCUUUUUCUAGAUGUGGUAAUAUAUUUUUAAAUUUGUUGAGCUAUUUAUAGGUAUUUUAAUUUGUGAGAUUUUUUACGGAAUUUUUAUUUGCUAGGUACUCUGUGAAUAAAAUUGUUAGACUAAACAGAAACGGUUGAAAAUUGAAUAACAGGUUCAUUAUGAAUUAUAUUUAUUGUUUAUUGGUCAAAAAUUAAAAAAUUUAGUGUAAUGUAGUAUUUUUUUUUUUUUAUAAGAGUUAAUAUCAAAUUUUUAAACAAAACUGUUGCAACAUUCAUCCUUAAAAGUAUUUCUAAUAGUUAAAUUAUUGAGUAUCUACUCAAUAAUUUACGGAGGUGGGAGAGGAUAAGGUUGAAGUUAUAUUUGCACUUAUUGAACUUAUAUUUUGUAAGCGCCAUUGGAUAUAUUAAACGUUAUAUUUUUAGACGUAACAGGAAAAAAUGUUUUGUAAUGACCUUGGUAAUAUUGUUUUCUUUAAUUUUAAAAAUAUAAUAUUUUCUUACAUUAUCUCCAAAACAACUCUGGUACCAUUUAUGAGCAGUUUGAGAGAGCAUGUUUUGACUUUGUAAAAUAAAAAUUUUGUCCAGCUUUUUAGUAUAGUAAACCUACCUAUAAGAAUCUCAGUUUUAUAUCUAACGGGUAACAUGGAAAAAUUGCUUUACUUAGAACAUAAAUAAUGGUGCUCAAGGUGACAGAAUUUAAAUACGAAAAAAAAAAAUUCAACGAGGAUAACUGGACAAUUAUAUUUACGAUGGCAGUACCUUGCUGUCUUUUGAAAAUAUUAUUAAACAAACAAUGUAUUACAGUUAUUUAAAAAAAUCAAAAGCUAACAUGGCUGCAUAACUUUUAAGUUUUUAACUUGCUUAAGAAUAUUUAAGAAAAACAACUACGUCUUUAGAAAAAUAUAUUCCACUCUAUACAUUUCCCCUCUAACGAAAACAUGUUUAUUAUCUAUUAUCAUCUAAUACGUAUAUGGGGUAAUGUUAUUAUUUUGUGUUUUCUUGGGGUCAAUUAAUCGAUAUUGUGUUUUGACUUCUGUCGAUUAUGGAUUUUACUAUUUUGUUAAAUCACAAUCUAAAUCGUAGGACGGUCGUGUGUCAGCACAAUUUAUAUAAUAUUCGUGACCACCCGACACGAAUACACGUUCUCUCUAUAAUAUAUUUUUCAGUCUGUUUAUAAUAUACAUACGUGGUUAAUUUCUGUUUUUUUCUCCAGUUUUAUUACUUUUAUUAGGAACACUAACCCAAAAGGCACAUUAUAUUAGUAAAACAAUACACGCCCAGAGUACGAUUACUUUCGAUUUCGUAAGUCAUUUGAUUUUGGUUUUAUAUUAUGUUGAAUUGUUGAGAGGAAAGAAGGGUAAGAUAUUGAUUUUUGAGAGUGAUACGAACCACGAGGACUGUUAAUGUUGGAAUGUGAUGAGACUAUAUGAUAGAGACACCGAGCCAAGUGCAGAAGUUUAGGUCCGACUAAUGAUUAGGUAGGUAUAAUAUAGACCGAAUAUACAUAUAGGCGAGAGAGAAGAAAAACAAUUUAGUAGGUAAGCCUAUAAUGUAUUCACUUUUCAGAUUGUUUUAAAUUAUUUAUGUACGUUUAAGACAUAAAAAUUAAUAUUGGCAUGACUUAAAAAAUAAUCAAAUUUUCUUUACGUUUUUCGUUUUGGUGGAAUUUAAACGUACAAUAGACUUUCAUAGCUAUUUUUAGUAUUAUUAUAUUUUCCAGAGAUAACCAAAAUCUAAAUAAGUUAUCGUAGCUGUUUUUGCAACACUCUUAUGCUACCUAUCUAUAAAUUAAAAGCUCAUUUUGACCUUUAAAAUAGCCAUUGCUACGAAUCGGUUAGACAUUUGAAGUAGAUGUUUACAUAGGUAAUAACAGUGGUGGCUCGAAGUAUUUUUAUUUUGAAUAACCGAUUUAAUUUUCCAAACACCCAUCCCAACCAAAAAUGCCAAAAAAUUUAUCAAAUUUCCAGUGUUUUAAUGAAUUUUAUUUUGUAAAAACAUAAUACUUUUUAUCAUACUUCUGAACACCCAGGCAUCCGCGACCUACCCACCCGUUUUUUUGCAAAUCACGUGAUUCGAGUACGCACCUUUCGAGCCGCCACUGGGUAACAAUAUAUUGUUUGGGUAAAUUGUCUUCGUUAUGAAAACGCCAUAAUGUUCUCAUGUAUAGAUUAGUAAAUAUUAGAAAAAAUAAAAUACUGCGCAGAAGUCUAUAAAAUCGAACGGCAUUAAUAAUCAUUGAUCCUUCGAGUGGCCACUUCAAACAAUCGUGUAUAAACGAUCAUACGAUACUAUAAUAUUUCCCAAAUGAAAUUUUUAAUGAUUUACAAUUACAAAAAAUUCACCUUGACAAUUGAUGUUCAAUAUACGGAGGUUCGCCCACUGUAUUAUUAUAUUAUAUUAUACGUAUUACAAUGUAUCGGUUUUUCACCUAUAUAAACAGGUGAUGUGCACCAUACACGCAAUUUUGAAUUAGAUAAGAUUAAAUCACUACGUUCGUUCGGUCUAAAGUUUAAAAACCGGUAUGUAGGUACCUGUGUAUCUUAUUAUGUUACGUUCUUUGGAUAACUAAAUCACGACAUUGUGAUUAUAUUUUUAUUUCGGAAAGAAAUACGUAUGGUUUUUUUCAACAAUCAAAAUGGUCUUGUACCUAUACGUACGAUGGACGGAAUCUCGUACGUUUUGCGGAAAACCGAACUCUGGACCUUGUAACUGAAUUCCGUCAGACUUAGCGGCGUUUUGAUUAUAUUGUAACGGUACCAAUAUAAAAACGGCAUUUGAGAAUGAAAAAAUAAACGCGUCGAGUCAUAUUUAAACUGCUGUUGUAUAUAAAAACGGCCCGGACGGUUUUCAGUACGAUAAACUGUACUUGGCUCAGAUCAUUGCGAAAAAUCAAAACAAAAAAAAAUCUACCCGCUAACAUUUUAGGGUUGAAAGUUGAACGCGUCUUUGGCGCCUUUGCCCUUCCGCCGUUCAACAACAAUUGAUAUUGUUUUUAGCUUUUUUUUUUUUUUACACGUGCUCGUGAAAAUCAAAUUGCGUAAUAGAAAUAAUUAUUGCAUACCCGGUCACUGGAUAACGGACCGGGGGUGGGGGCGUUAAUCUAUAGUUUAAGUGCGCGGUAUACGCAAGUCCCGAGGCGUGUACAGCAGCGUUUAUUUUAUAAUAGUUUUUAUCUCGGUCUAAGAGUAAUAUAUUAACGCGCGUAUAUUACGUGCACGUAGAUAUCGAACAAACUUUAAACUGUAGAGAUAAAAUACUUUUUAUCGUUUAAAAAUUACGCGAUAACGGGUCAAUUAACUCUUCUCUCGUCCAAGGCAGGCUUUCGUCAUCAUCAAUAUGCAAAUUUAUAACACUUUAUAAAAUACAUGCAUCAUAAUUGUAUUAUUGUAUUAAUUAGACUAUAGCCGAAUUAUUCGGGCUUUCAAAAACUGAAAUCAAUUACAAUCAUAUUCAAAUUAUUCAACGCGUCCACUCAGUUUCCACCGUCUCUUAUCCGUAUUGACUGGCAAUAAAUAUUAUUGUUGCAAUAUUUGUUGCCGGUAAUCGGGUAAUUUAUCUUUUAAAAAGGAUAAGCACCCACUUUCUAAUUAUUGUUUGUGACGGGCGUCCGGGGAUCGGGCCACAAUGGACCAUUUUUCAAAAAGGUGUUUGGUAAUUGGGCCACUAAGCUUUUACAUUUAAAGCAGGUGGACCCGGUGAUUGGGCCACUGUAUUUUAAUAUAUUUUAGAUUUGACAAAAGGCGAACCUCUAUUUAACACCGUUAUUUUAAAACAUAUUAUUAUUUUUUCCAUGAUUACAAAUUUAAAUUUCUUGUGUGUUCGUUACAAUCGAUUUAUGUCGACGGCACUUUUGAAUACCGUGAAAAGCAAUCUGUAUCACAUUAUUUUUAAAAAAAAUGUAUAAUCGUUUGACUCAUUUUAUAGAUAUUGUAUUUUAUAUUAUGCAUUUUAAUAUAUUUAAAAUUAUAUAUUUUUGUGUUGAACGUUUGCGACCCAAUAUCCGGGUAAUAAAAUGUACGAAAAUAUUGUUUACGAAGCAGGUGGAUGAAAUGUGGCCCAGUUACCGACCGCCCGUUCGUGACAACUACAAAUUCAACAACGAUAUUUGAUGUGUUAUUUUAGCCGUGCCGUCAAAGUAACCUAUAAAUAAUAAUUGAAGAAAUAUUUACCUAAUAAGUCAAUUUUCAUAGGUACCAAAAUAUCUUCCUUUUGUUUCGACUGUUCUGAAUGUCAAGUGUGUUGAGUUUCAUCGAGAAUAAAACUGUAGAUGGGACCACCUAUAUUUUAACGGGCAGACAGUUUUAAUUUCGUGUUUUGUAUAUUAGAUACAAUACGUUAAUUAGUUGCGAAUUUCACCGGUACCCGCGAAAACCGCCGGAAAUUAAAUAUAGAAAAAAAAAACCCCGUUUCGACAAUAAGAAGCGCGGUUGUCGUUGGUCGCACGUCCGAGAUGUGAUAUUGUUUUGCGACGGGACCGUCCGUAGUCUCGGGAGAAGAAAAAUCGAGGGAUUCGGUGAUGCGCACCCGAAAAAUUGUUUGUGAUAUCGCAAACGGGGACAGAUGCCGGUAGUUUCUCGGCGUGUCGAAACGUCUACACACAGGUGUCCGCGAAUAUUAUUACGAAUUCGAGUACGUACGUUUGAACCGUUUUAGCUUUGUACACCCCUACAGACCCCCCACACCACUCUCUUCCGAAUGAAACCAGGGGAACGGCAUUAUGUAUGUGCACGGUGAAAGUAUCGAGGACGUGUCUUUUGGUGGUUUCCACCGUUAUCCGUAAAUUUCUGUGUUCAGAUUUCGCGUUUUCACCGGAAUUUUUUCCGAGGUUUUAAAUACCUUUACGGACUCGUGAAAUCAACUCGGUUAAAAAGUGUACGUAUAAUGUGUAUAAAUAGAACUGUGUUCAAGGAUGAAAUAUUGGGGAAAAUUCGGCGGAAGAUCUCGUGAUGGGAGGCGACAGGAAUCGGGAGCUCUGUUAAUCGUCUUUUUUUUUGUUUUUGUCAUAACGUAACGCAAUGUCAUUACCGAAAGGACUUCGUACUUUUCAAAUUCGACGUCUCCGCCUUUGCAAAAACCAUGAAUACGUCGCUGAGCGACAAAAAUGUCGGUUCGUGUAUCUCUCCGCAUGUCCGCGGAUUAAUGGUCAUGCGCAUAAUAUUCUAAUAAUUAUAUUAUUACUGUUGAUGGCUACGUAAACGACGAUGAAACGGUCUUUUUUUUUUUUUCUGCUAAACACUCGUGGCUUGCAACUCGGCCUUUUCGCACCCCCGUUUUCUCGGCAUUUGGACGGUAUUAGAGUAGGUACGUUUCGCGUGUGACCAAUCGGUCGGUACAUUAGGUAAGUAAACGCAUUAGAGCACGGAUUUAUCGGGCGUGAAAACGACGUAAAAUCGUGGGAAAAAUCGCCGCGAUAAUGACACGGAACUUUCGUUACCACCGCCGCCGCCUGUAACCAAUUAUUACGACGAGCGGUUAUUCCGCAUUAGGUAUAUAUAUAUAUAUAAAAAAAAAAAAAAAAAACCGGUCGAAAUUUAACAUUAUUAAUUAUUAUAAUUAAUAACACCGUACGACGGAUUGAGCGAGAAAGACAAAAUACGCCAGUACCUAGGUAAUAAUAAUGGCAAACCUAGAGAUAAUGACGUACCCACCCGUCUACUUACGGACGUGUAGCCUUUUGAAGUUUUAAAUAAUAAUAAUAAUACCACGACACCCGGGAAUGUUAUUUCACGUUCGGCAAUCGUUUCUAUAAAAAAAAGUAGUACAGCAAUUAUAGUAGUAUAGUAAUUACAGUAAUUAUAUGCGAUGUGACGGCAAGUCGCGCUUACGACGAAACUAAUAUUACACCGGACGGUCUCGCGCAAAUGUUGUAUAUUAUUGUUUGGAUUCGUGAUUAUUAUUUAUUGGCCGCGGCGUCAGCCAAACCGACACAAUAGCUAUUAGCCGAACAGCUGCGUCACGUGGGGGCACGCGUCCAUUGUUGGCGGAUCGCGGGUGGCCGUAGUUACCACGACUGUCGGGCGAGGCGGCGACGGCGGCGGUUAGCACGGUAAUCGCAGUUAGGGUUACCGCGACCGCGAUGAAAAGGAUUGCGCACGAGAAGGAAUAAUAUUUUGAGCCGGGAUUCACGGCGCCGCUGUGGUUGGCAACACUAUAAUCCGGCGCGUUUUGUUCCUCGGCCGUGUAUCGGCCAUCAGCAGCUCCGCUCGUAUCGUUCUUUCCGUACUCGGCAGCCGUACUAUUCGAUCCGUGUUCUCGCGUUUGGCUGUUCGCGCCGCUUUUCCUUUUCGUCGUCCACAGUCAGUCGUCGACCGAGCUGCAGCCCCGCGACACAGAGCGCUCAGCACUACAGUCGCGGCAGUCGCCACUGGAUCAGCGACUAGACAGCCGGCGCGCGACCACCACACACGCCGCCGUCCGUAGUUUUCACUCGAUUUUAAUACAUUUUUUAUUUUUUUUCAACCAAACACCUUUAUUAUAAUUACGUACAGCGGUCCGGUAAAAAUAUUAACGUUCCGUUUAUUUUGUUUGCGUCUGUAGCAGACCUUGGACUUGCCCCUUACGGUAGCAGUCGACCCGCACCGGUGGUUUAUUCUUUAUUGUCGAUCACAAAUCGACAGUAGCAACAGUACAGCAACAACAAUUCCGGCGUAGUAAUCAUGCCUAAUGAGAAGAAAUACGCGUUUACCAACGGGUUCGCCAACGGACACGGACAUGGCGGUCUUCCGCCUGAGAGCCCGGACGGCGAGAUGUUCCUGUUCACUUCCGAAUCAGUGGGCGAAGGACACCCAGGUAACGGAGUCGGUUAAUUUAAUUGUUUUGACAUUUGGCCUUUUUUUUUUUUUUUCCAAUUAGUAUUUUUUAAAAUCGUAUCGAUUUCACCCGUCGUUGAGCAAACACGUGUUUUUUAAUCCGUCACUUCGUGUUUCAAGGUGUUCAACCGAUAGUCCUACCUAAUGAUUUUUAAUCCCGAGAUGCUGCGCUAUUAUUUCAAUUUAACAAUUGCGUCUUUCGGGAAAAUGUGAUUUGAAUUGUUUCCCCACCAUCGUUUUCCGUUUUGACGGCAUCUGCGUAAUAAUAUUCGCGCGUGAUUACUCACUUAUUUUGAUAACACGAAUUUGUACCGUAUUUGCACUUACUUACCUUUUAAAAAAAUACUAGUAACUUAUGAACGACUUUCGAUUAACUAUUCUUUCUUUUUCAUCCCAAAUUCCAUCAUCUAUGCGGUGAUAAGAGAUCAAUGAACCACUGGCUGUUAGCCAAUUAUAAUGUCUGUUUCGAAUACCUACAAUCCAAUACAUGGCGUCCUCCCCAGGACACAUAAAGAAAUAAUUUUUUUUAGUGUUGUAUUGAAUGUUUUUUUUUCCAGACAAAAUGUGUGAUCAAAUAAGUGAUGCUAUUUUGGACGCGCAUCUUCAGCAAGAUCCAGAUGCUAAGGUGGCUUGCGGUGAGUUAUUUUGAUUUUCAUUUAAUAGUAGGUAUAUACCGUAAUUAAUAUUCACAUACAUUAUAGUAGAUCCAAGAUGUUAUCACUACUUUAUGAGGAUUACCUUCAAAAAAUAAUUCUGAAGAAAUAUAACAUGAUACAUAUUGGGUUACAAGAUAUCAGUUUUAUUGGUUACCUUAGUUGCAAUUCCAUAGAUUUUACAAUUUGGCUCAAAUAAAUCGCACAAAUUAUAUUGCUUCUAAACAGUUGCAUAUUAUGAUAAUCAAAAUUUAUUUAACAAAAUAAAAUGCCAAAUAUUUUGGAGUAUUUUUGGUAGUUUUAAAACAAUUCAAUUUGAUUUAACCAAUUGUACAUAACUGUUUUAUAUGUAUAAAAUAUAAUAAUACUUAAAAUUGGAAACUUUUUUUUAUUUUAUAGAAACCGUAACAAAAACUGGAAUGGUACUACUUUGUGGAGAAAUCACAUCCAAAGCCAAUGUAGAUUAUCAAAAAGUAGUCAGAGACACUGUCAAACACAUUGGUUAUGAUGAUUCAUCAAAAGGUAAUAAUGUUAACAGAUUAAAACCUUAAUAAUUUUUUUUUUGAUAAAAAAAAGUUGAUGUUUCUUAUUUCUCCAAAUUUUAAUUAUAUUUAAUUUAAGUAAAAUUGUUUUAUGAGAUUGUUAGAAAUUAAAUUGAAAUACCUAUUUAGUCUUAACAUUUUUUAUCAUUUCAAAUGUGACUAAUCAAUUACAAAGUCAAUAGGGCAGGAUUACAAAUUGUAUGAUGACUAGUCAAGUUGAAGUAAAUUAUCCAAUUAGAUAAUAAAUAUAUUUUAAUUUCUACAUAGAUAUAAUAUACUCGAUAAAUGUUUUUACAUCUUUUUAAUAGGCUGUUAAUUAUGAUGUUCUUUAUAAUCAAUAAUUCUGAAGAAAUUUUACUAGCUAGAAAAAUACAGUUUUAUUAUACUUGGAGAACUGUAAUCUACAUUUAUUUUAAAUUAUUUAUUACUGAUUAUGUUAACGUGUAACAUAGCUUGUUAAAAAAAAUGUACUACCAUAGGAUAAUUUGAAUGAACAUUUAGCAUAAAUAAUAAAUUAACUGCAAUGUUAUUAAAGUAAGUGUUACACUUAUUAUAGGUAUGAUAUAUUUUCUGUAAGUGUUAUAAGAAUAGUAUUUUUAAUUUUCUUUAAAUAUUUCAUUAGUUAACUUCAAAAAAUCCCCAUGCAAAAUAUGUGUACAUUCAAAUAGCUUAUUUUUAAAUAAAUUCUGUUGUAUAAUUUUCUCAUUUUACAUUCAUAAAACCAAAAUAGUCUGGUAGAUAAUUUAUUCUUUUUGAAAAAUAUGUAAGAUAAACUGUAAUGAUAUUUAUGGAUUUAUCGAUUGUGAUAUUUCCUCUUUUUAUACAAUAGUUAAUAUAAUAUAUGCAUUGAAAAAAAACAUAUGUUCAUACAUAAAGUACAGAUAAACAAAAAUAUUUUACUGUAUUGUAAAACAAAAUGCAGUUAAAAUCCAGUCACAUUUGUAUAGCCUAGUCAUAUAUUAUAUACAUAUAACCACCUACAGGGUUUGACUACAAGACAUGCAAUGUCCUCAUCACGGUCGAUGAACAAUCAUCUAAUAUUGCGGAUGGUGUACACGUAAACAAAGUUGAAGAUGCAAUUGGGGCUGGGGAUCAGGUAGGGUAUAGCAAAACAUUGGUUUCGGGGGAUUUGAAUGAGUGGAAAACAUGUCGUGUUUGUUGUACUUUAAUAUGAAAAUAGCUUUAUAAUAAUUUAUGGGUUUUAAAUAUUUUAUUUAUAUGUAAUACAAAUUUUGAAUCGAAAUCUGGAAGGUUUUCAUUCAUAUCAUUCUUGCUUUUUAUACUAUAUAAUAUGUAUGUACAUUAUGUGAGGUAAGUGGAUACCAAAUAAAUAAAUAUUAAUAUGUACACAUAUUAAUAUAUUGUAAUGCUCAGGUAUCAACAACACUAUUUCAUACUUAAUAUUGACUCAACAUUUUAAAUUUAGGUUACUCAUUAUUAAACUCAUUUUAAAUAAUACGUUUCUAAUAUAUAUUAUUAAUUAUUUAUACUUAAUCAUACUUAAAUUAUGUUAAGUGUGUUUUGUUUUAAUAAAACUAAUAAAACAAAUUACAUUUUAAUCGACUGUUUGCAAGGAAAAAAAUAAUAUGUAUGAAUUGCGGUGUUAUGUGCCUGUUGUUGUUAAUAGGUAUGAAUGAAAAGGUUUUGAUCGGGCUGCACAAAUUAUUAAUAAUUAAUAUUACAAUGUAAACUGCCUUUUUGUAAUAAUCUUAAAUUUAUUUUUGCAUGCAAUAAAUAAUAGGACUCAACACUACAAAAUUCCCACUUUGCUUAUUGCAUGAUAAAAAUAAAAAAAAAAAAUCCAUAUCAAUCCCGAAGCAUUGUACUAUUAGUUAAAACAAUAUUAUAAACGUUCUCCCUAUGAAUUAGUGAAAGAUGUUUUAUUUUGUUAUACGGGUUUAAAUAUUUUCCUUCCUUUUAUGAUCAUUUAUUGUACUACUGAUAGUUCAUGUGUUGGUUUCUCAAACAACAAUAACAAGUACAAGAAUAUGUAUUAACAAGGUGUAUCUGGUAAAUAAUGUUUUUACAAAAGUUUAAGAGUUAAUGGUUAAUUUUGUCUACACUUUCUACAAUAUUGUAAUAGACUUGUAAUUGAUUCAGAGCAUUUUUUCUUCAUUUAUAUUCUAUUUGUUUGAAAAUAUAAUAAUGGGGGUUUCGUCUAUUAGACAAUCUAGAUUCAAAUAAGAUUGUAUUAGGUACAUUGAUCAAAAAAAAAAUAAAAAAUAAAUACUACAAUAAAGUCGCUGAUCGUUGCUAUGUGUUGUGUGUUGUCCCGCUGUUGGGUUGCCAGGUUUUGAUUACAAGACAUGUUCCGUGAUGCUUGCUAUUGAUGAACAAUCUCCAAAUAUCGCUGCCGGUGUGCACGUCAACAGGACUGCUGAGGAAGUGGGUGCUGGAGAUCAGGUAUGUUUUUUGGAACAAAAAAAAAUGUAGAUUAAUUAAACAAAUAUUAAGUUAUUUGUAUGUAUAUUGUUUUGACAUUUUUUUUUUUUACAUAUACUGGCAACACAAUUUUACUUCUUUUUGUGUUGGUCUUCAGUUCUGUAUAUUCUUUUCCUUUUCUGAAACAGCUCACACAAUGCAAAUUUAGUCUAAAUAUAUGUAAAAAUUUUCUAUUAUUCUAAAGCGAGUCAAAAUAAAUGCAAUGUAAAUGGUUAUUGGAAUUGAUCUGGUUCUAGUCAAAAUUAACAAGUAUUUUUCUUUUUUUAAAAAAAAAAAAAUGGCUUUUAAAUGUAUACAAAUUGUAAAUGUACAAAAUCUUUAACAAUUCAAUUAACCAAAAAUAAAUUUAAACUUGUACAUUUUACAAAUUAAACGGCUUUUUUAAAAUAAUAAAGGUUAUUGCAUGAUAUCUAAUUUUGAAUGCAUAAGACAGUGGUGUCUUAACUGUAUACAUUUAAAUAAACAUAAUAUUUAUAUAUCUGUGGGUCUAAAGAGGCAAACAUUACUUUUUGCAAUUUUCAGUCUUGGUCAUUUUUGCAAUUAAAAUUUAUAUAAACAUUAUAUUACAAUGUAUCAAAUUUAAUUUGUUUAAGUAUUUAAAGUUAUUAUGUUCUAAAGAUCACAGGUAUAUAUCAUCGAUAUAUACAUCGAAUAUUUUGCUGACACAAUAUUGCCUGCUGUUACUUAUAAUAAUAUACUAACUACUUAACUAAUAAAUAUACUAAUAUAAUAUAAAUACACUAACUAAUAUACUAACUACUAAUUGGUUACUAUUUUUUUUGUAAUAUUUGAUUAAUUAUGAAGUACCUAUUGUUAUAUAUGUAUGUAUUUUUUUUCAAAUGUGGGAAUAGUUAUACAAUCGUUGGUAAUUUUAAAUUUUUAUUCCUUAUUUCAAUAAACUAUAUAUGGUGGAUUUCUUUUAAACGUAGUAAAUAAUAUUUCUGUCCAGUAACUUAAGAUUGAAAUGGGGGUUUUUGGAGGCAUAAGGGAUACUGAAAUACACGUUUUUUGACAAUUUUCAAAUUUUGAGCUUUUAUAUUAUGUGCAUAUUUUAUAAAUUAUUUGAAAUUUAGUCCAUCAUUGGCAUCGUUAUCCAUAAAUGACUUUGGUUUGCAUAUUGUUCAAUUUCAUCGACAAGUUUUCUGAAUAAAUUAGUCAAUUUAAAUUAAAAGGUUAAAAUAACUUGAAAAAUCCAAAUUAGUAUUGUACAUGGACAUUAAUAAUAAGGCUAAAAAUUUGAAAACUAUUGAAAAAAAAAUUGUAUUUUUUGUUACCUUUAAAAGGAGACGCACUGUAUGUACAAAAAAAGAUGGCCUGACAUAUAUUUAAUCAUAUAUUUUUAAUUUAAAGAAAUCAAUUGUUUUGCAUUUUUUUAUUUCUUUUUUUUUUUUUUUUGUCAAAUUUUUCUUAUAAUAAAUAUAUUUUUGGAAUUAACAAUAGUUCUUAAUGUGCCUGUUUGAUUUAUACAACUAUUGAUGAUAUCAUAAAUUACAUUAUUUGGCUUUGUACAUUAUACAGUUUUCCCAAUUUAAUUCAACAUGGUGUUUUAAAUUGCAGGGACUUAUGUUUGGCUAUGCUACAGAUGAAACUGAAGAAUGCAUGCCAUUAACUGUAGUAUUAGCUCACAAGCUUAAUGAAAAAGUUGCUGAACUUCGAAGAAGCGGUGUACUUUGGUGGGCACGUCCAGACACAAAAACACAAGUAAAGAGAAUAUUAUAACCACGUGUAUUUUUUAGUGGUCAUAUAUUUACAAAAAAAUUAUAUCAUUCCAUUAUCUUAUCUUUCAUAUAUUAUUACCCAUUCUAUAAUUGAUUUAAGUUUCUCUAAGAAAAUAAUAAAACUUACCAUUAUUAUUAAUAUAAUUAUUGAGUUUUAAUCGAAUAAAUCUUUGUUGAUAACAUUAGAUAUAUUAAAAACUUGAUAGCCUUUAAUGUUCUUUUUUAUUGAUAAAAUAGUUUUAUAUUUAUAAUCUUCCGUUAAAAACAGAUUUUCUUAAAGAAACUUCAUUAAAUUUAUGUAAAUGUUAAUAAUGUUAUGAAUUUUUUUUUAAUGAAUAAGUACUAUCCUAUCAUUUAUAUUGUUCAUAUUAGUUAGCAAUCAAUAGAUAACAUUUAAUAAAACCUUGACCUCAAACAAAUUCUUUCCUUAUUAUCUUAUUUUUUUUUUUACUAUCAAUUUUUAACUUAGUUUAAACUAAUUAAGACGCUAACUACAAACUAAAUAAAAGAAUGUACAUAAUUUAUACAGGCUAAAAAAAUACAUCCACUAAUUGUUCAAUGGGGGGUUUUGUUUGAAUUGAUUGAUAUUUAAACUCAGUCUGGGUGAAUUGCAUCAUAAAUACAGUGAAAUUGAGUUAUUUUUUAAAAUUGUUUUGACAUAUUUGAUGUUAACAGGUAACAUGUGAAUACUGCCUAGUUGGAGGUGCUUGUAUUCCUCAAAGAGUACACACUGUUGUAAUAUCAGUUCAACAUUCUGAAAAAAUUGACUUAGAUACCUUGAGACAAGAAGUUAUGUCCAGAGUUAUUAAGACAGUGAUACCACCUCAGUAUCUUGACGAAAAUACAAUUUUCCAUAUUAAUCCAUGCGGCCAAUUUGUAAUGGGAGGCCCACAAGUAAAUAUUUGCUGUUGUAAUAAAAAAUUGUGAUUACAUCUUGAUGAUUUUUGUUUUUAGUGUGAUGCAGGAUUGACUGGAAGAAAGAUUAUUGUUGAUACGUACGGUGGUUGGGGAGCUCAUGGUGGCGGUGCAUUCUCUGGUAAGGAUUUCACUAAAGUUGACAGAUCAGCUGCUUACGCUGCUCGUUGGGUCGCCAAGUCCUUGGUCAAAUCUGGACUUUGCAAGCGUUGUCUUGUACAAGUAAGUUGUUUUGCGUGUAUUAAAUAAUUAUGGUUUAUUAAUUUUAUUUAAAUUGUAUACAUUUUAUUGAAAUCAGGUAUCUUAUGCUAUUGGAGUCGCAGAGCCUAUAUCAAUUACACUUUUCCAUUAUGGCACAUCUACCAAAACUCAGAAAGAAUUGUUGAAAAUCGUAAAAAGUAAUUUCGAUUUAAGACCUGGAAGAAUUGUCAGGUUAGUAAAAAUAAAAAUAUAAUUAAGCCAUAACUGACAGUAUAGUUAAUAUUGUCUGUUGUCAUUUGUAUUUGUAAAAUAUUUUUCCCUUGGUUUAAAUAAUAUUUGAUAAUAUUUGCAAGAAUCCUAUUUAAUUAAGAGUUGCAUUUUUCUUACACAGCGAAGAAACAAAUAUUUUUCAAUUAUUCUUACUAGACCAUAAUUUAUUUGGUUUGCAUUAAAAAUAUAAGAACUUAACAUUUACAAAUACCAUUUAAUAACUUUUGUUUUUGUUAAUACAUAUCGAACUACUUUUUUUAUUAACCUUUUUGCAUAUUGAAGAACUGAGGCAUUUGAUGUGUCCACUGGGACUACAGUGACUAAAGUUAUAAAUCAGUAAUAUAUCCCAGUGUACCGGGAUAUAUGGCAACCCUGCGAUAAUUGGAAAUAAAAUUGUCUAGCAAAGUGAAUACUGUUUUUCUUUCUUCUGACAUUUUCUUUUUUAUAUUAAACCAAAACGAUAUUGUAUAUGUAUGUUUAAUACUUUCUAUCUAAUCUAAUUACAAGACCGGUCUACAUUUCGCUAAUAAAUCUUGCUUGAAAUUAAUUUUGUAUAAUUGAGAUAUAGACGAGUAUCUUAAAAACUUGUUUUGUUUGAACAAAACCAGUUAUUAUUAUUAUUAAUAUGUAUAAUAAUAAAUGCACAGAGUAAAAGCGGUCUAGUUUCUGGAAUUUCUUAUGUUGUUGUACUCCCUGCUUUAUCAUUUCAAAUACUUACUUUAUUAUGACUCGUAUUGCCUUAAAUUGAAAUAGUUAUUUAAAUAAUAAAAUAUUUUUAUUUUUCAGAGAUUUAAAUCUACGAAACCCAAUAUAUCAAAAGACAAGCACAUAUGGGCAUUUUGGCCGUGAUAUAUUUCCAUGGGAACAACCUAAAGUUUUGGUUGAGUGAUAAAAAGCAGAUUUCUUCUGCCAUCCGCGUGUAUGAUUCAAAAACAAAUGUGUAGAAUUUUUUUAUAAUUUUUUUUUUAAAACAUUGUAUCAAAUGUUGUCACUUUUUUUUUGUAGAAUCCAAAAUAUCUUUUUUUUUUUUUUUUUAAUGAUAUAUUAUUUUAGAAUAUCUCUCAUAUUUCUCCUUUUUUGGAGGAAAAAUCUUUUAAUUAAAAAAAAAAAAAUGUUCAUUUGAAUGUCUAAAUUUGUUCACGUAGUAAUAAUACUAUUAUAAACAUUAUUGUAAUUAUUAAUAAGUCAUGGAUAUUAUGCACUGUCGUAAACAAACAAAAAAAUCGAUUGUAGAAGCUUUUUUUCACACGAUUUGAUAUUGUAUAAUUGAUAGGUAAGUUUUGUUUAAAAAAAAACCCAAACCGCAUACAACAAUUAUUAUCUCAACGUGAUACGUUAUAUCUACCACGAGAAAAACUUUUACAUACAUAAAUAUAAUUGUCUAUUUAAUAUAAUACUAUAUUAAAUAUAUAAUUAUUUAUGUUUUUUUUUUUUUUUUAGUUAUUUAUACUAUAAAUAUUGUCUACAUUUUUUUUUUUUUUUUUUACCUUUAAUGUUUAGCUCAGUUGUGUAGUGUUCGUAGAUAUGUUAUUUAGACUAUAAUAUUUUACAUAGCUCGAUGAAUUAUACUUGUGUAUUAUCAAUAUUUUUUAUUUUACGUGUCAAUUUUAAAUUUAAAUAGCUACCUGAUUUUAAUUAUUUCGGAUCAUUAUAUUUUAUGUAACUUCACACGCAUGGAAGAAAAAAAAUGUGAAUCUAUUACACCCUACUUUUUGUUUUUAUUACGUGUAUUUUUUCUGACAUUUUUGUGAAUCUAUUUUAGUUUUCAACGUACGUGUAUUUUUCAAAUGUUGUUCGUUACAAAUGAUGUUGGCUCAUAAUAUAAUAAAAUGUGUUGCUGCCCUCCCAUGAAUGUUUGAUUGUUCAUUUUUUUACAAAUGUUAAUUUGAAUUUGUUAAAUCAAAUUGU